GUUUUCACCAGUUGAUUCUAUUCCAAUUGAAUCUAUAAAUGAUUAUGUCCUUUGGUAGACUAAGUGAUUUUCAUGUUCGAUAAGUAUCCGAACAAAGAACACCGCAAAGAUUCUUGGAGGAAAGAUAUCUGUUUCUUGCCCUCUCUUUGUUUUCUCAUUCAGGUUCUGCGGGGCGUGGAUUAUUCUGGGUUCUGGAGAGAGCGGAAUUUUGAUUGGGAUUCUAGUUUCUAUCUGAUUUCAGGAUAGAAGUUCUUUCGAGUAUUGUACUGUAUUGUGUUGUAUUGUAUUGUAUUGUAUAGUCUUUUGUGUUGAGUUGUUCGAGAGUCCUAUUUCUAUUCCGGUUGGGUGUUUCUGUUUGAGGGAUUGGGGCACUUGGGGUGGGUUGUUGACUGGAUCUGAAGAAGAAGAAAAGAAGAAAAGAAGAAGAAGAAGAAGAAGAAGAAGUCUUGAUACGUUUGGGAAGCUUUUGUUUUCACGCGUUGGUUGGUUGGUUGGUUGGAUCGAAUCCUCUUUUGCGCAUUUCCUUACGUCGAGAUGUCGAGAUUCAAACCGGGGGUAAAGGGAAAAGGGAAAGGGAAAGGGAAAGGAAACGGAAAAGGAAAAGCUCAACCAAAAUCCGCCAAGGAAAAGAGUAAACUUCGCGCGAAUUUAUCGCGGCAGGUUGAUACACAUCGCGGGCCCAAACUCCCGGCGUCUGUAUCUACGAGUAUUCAAAGUCGAGCUGCGAAACAACAGAUCGUUAUAGACUUGACUUCUUCCUCGCCCCCUCCCAUUCGAAAAAUCUCUCCCUCUCCCCCCAAAAUCAUCGCAACACCGCAUGCACAGAAACACAAGCACAAACUCGCACUCGCGCUCGCGCCCCUAUCAUCAAGCGAACGAUCUCCCGGUAUCCAUUCCCCCAUAACUCGCUCCCUAUCUCGCUCUCUCGCAAAACCUCUUUUUGCCAACCCUCCCAGGCAUAUGGCGCAAUCUAGCACGCAGCCUUCCCAAUAUUACAUCCAAGCGUGUCAUGUUAAGCAUAUGACGCCGGGCACGGUUGUGUGGCUCCCAUCGAAAGAAGAUAUUGUGGAUAAUGCGUUUGUGGAUCCGAAAUUGCAUGUCAAUGCGUUUGAUCACCCGGCUGUGAUUGUGAGUAUGCCGAAUCCGGCGAGUGAGGUUUCGGUGGUGGAGAUUGCGAUUAUGACAUCACUCGGGUCGCGCAGCCUCCACGAAACCAAAAAACUCGGCCAUCGAUCCCUCCUCUUCCGCGUGCGCACCGCACAGCUCCCAAGCGCAAAAGUAGACAUCACGUUUAAAGAUGGGAAGGGGAUGAAGGGGAAAUACAGCUUUGUCAAUUGUCGCGAGUCGUGGCGCGUGCAAAUCGGCACGUUGGGGUUUUAUGCGAGGGGGAGGGGGGUUGGGUCUGGGAAGGAUGUUGAGUGGUUGAGAUUGACGACGUUGAGUUUGGAAAAGUUGAGAGCGAGUAUUGGGUGUGGGAAGGGGUUGGGGGGUUAGUGGUUAGGGUUGUGAUGUGAAAAGGAAGGGGGGGAACUGAAGAGGAGUUUCUUGAAAUGAGGUGGGUGGGUAGUAGAUGUUAGAUCAUGUUAUUCAAGAUUCUGCCAUUUACCAUCUACCAUCAGCAUUGCAAACCCGAAUCAACAAACAACAAACAAAAGAGAACUGAAUCACCAAUAUUAAAAUCAAAACACUUCCUCCCUACACAACCAAACCCCAAUUAAUAUUUAUAUCCAUAUCAACAUCCCCAUCCCCAUCCACACCAACAUCCAAACACAUCUCAUUUUCAUUUUCAUUUUUCCCUUCUCAUUCCCCAAAACAAUACAACACAACACAACACAACACAACUUUCUCCAACCACCUUUCACCCACCAACAAAAAAAAAACAAAAAAAAAAAAAAGAAAGGAAAAAUCCACCAUUAGAAAUAAGCCAAGACAUUACAUUACGAUUGAAAAAAAAAUCUCCAAGAAACUCUCUAGUGUGUGAUGUAUACUGAGAUAUUUCCUCUGCAAACUAUACAUAUACAUAUACAUAUACAUAUACAUAUACAUACAUACAUAGCUCAAUAGCA